AUGGCACCAUUUGAAGCACUAUAUGGGAGGAGGUGUAGAUCUCUCAUUGGGUGGUUUGAUGCUUUUGAGGAGAAACUUAUAGCAGCUCAAAGCAGGCAAAAAGAGUAUGCAGAUUGCAAGGUUAGAGAUGUGCACUUUUUGGAGGGUGAGCAAGUGUUGCUCAAAGUUUUGCCUAUGAAGGGUGUCAUGCAUUUUGGGAAGGGAGGUAAGCUCAGUCCCAGAUACAUUAGUCCAUUUGAGAUUCUUCAGAGUGUGGGUCUGGUGGCCUAUAGAUUGGUAUUGCCUCCGAGUUUGUCGGGAGUGUACCCUGUGUUCCAUGUAUCUAUGCAAAAGAAGUUUUAUGGUGAUGGUAACUACAAAAUUCCUUGGGAUUCGGUCUUGUUAGAUGAAAACCUCUCUUAUAAAGAGGAACCUGUUGCUAGUCUUGAUAGAGAUAUUCGUAAGUUGAGGACUAAGGAGAUUGCGUCUGUGAAGGUUUAG